AUGGGCCGAAAAUUAGUCACAGUUCGCCGAAUAGGCGCGAUCAAGCCAAUUGAAGGCGCUGACAGAAUCGAGAUUGCAGUGAUCGAUGGUUGGACUUGUAUCGUGAAGAAGGGCCAAUUCGUCGUUGAUGGCCUUGCGGUCUUCUUUGAGAUCGAUAGCUUUCUACCCGGCACCGAUGCACGAUGGGCGUUUCUGGAGAAGAACUUCAUCGACUGGAACGGACAGAGAGGCUUCCGGAUCAAGAGCAUGAAAAUGAGAGGCCACAUGUCCCAGGGUCUGCUUGAGCCGCUCGAAGACUUUCCAGAGAUCAUAGGGGUGAUCAAGGAUCUUGAGGCCGCUCACGGUAGAAGCGAGGCCGAGAAGAUCGUCAGGGGCUUGUCGUUCGAGGAGCCUCUGGGAGUCCAGAAGUGGGAGAAGAUGUAUAACACGUGGGACGGCGGCGAAAAGAAGGAAAACGUACCCUUGCCAGCUUUCAUCCAGAGAACAGACCAGGAGCGGUGCCAGAACCUGCCCGAUCUCUUUGACGAGUGGAAGGACGAGGUGUUCCAAGAGACCACCAAGAUGGACGGCUCCUCCAUGACGGCUUACUUCCUGCGAAGUGACAGCGACAAGACCGCGUCUCUGCCCGAACUAGACAGCUCGGUUCCGCAGACUGCCCUCCUACACAACGGACGGUUUGGCGUCUGCUCUCGACAGGUGGACUUGGGGGAGCAGGACAAAAACGGCCGCUAUUUUUGGGAAGUUGCAAAGCAGCUGGAUCUGGCAAACAAACUGUCCAGGCUGGAUCGUAACAUCGCCAUCCAAGGCGAACUUUGUGGCAGUUCCAUCCAGAGCAACUUUGAGGGGUUCCCGGUCGGAAUCCACGACUUCUUCUUGUUCUCGGUCUACGACAUCGACAAGCAAAAGUACACACGGCCGAAGGAAGCUGAAGCCAUGGCCAGGAAAUUGGGCAUCAAACAUGUCCACGUCGAGGGGUACUUCAGGCUCGGAGACAUCGCCACGGACAUCCACGGGCUACUCGAGCGCGCGGAGGGCAAGGGGCUGCAUGGUAAGAAGAGGGAGGGCAUUGUGUUGAAGCACGUUGAUGGCGGAUUCACAUUCAAGGCAAUAUCGAACUCGUACCUCUUGAAGCAUGGGGAAUAA